GUUCUGGUCGUCUUCAUAAAGGGAGCUGCCCCAUUUCUCCCAGCACAGAGUUGGGAGCAAACCCUGAGCCUCCUCCAAGAUGCUGCUGGUCCUGCUCUCAGCGGCCUUGCUGGCCCUCACCGCAGCUCAGAACCUGAAUGAAGAUGUCCAGUCUGAAGAGUCUUCUCUGGGAUCAUCAGAGGAAGAGAAACUAAAGCAGGAGUUAGACAAACUCCAGGGACCACCUCCUGAAGGACACCCAACUGGACCCCCUCCCUCUGGUGGUCCUCCCCAGAAACCACCUGCACAUGGAGGCCAUCACCACCCUCACCCACCUCAUCAUGGAAACCAUCAGGGACCACCUGCACAUGGAGGCCAUCACCACCCUCACCCACCUCAUCAUGGAAACCAUCAGGGACCACCUGCACAUGGAGGCCAUCACCAUCCUCCUCCACCUCAUCAUGGAAACCAUCAGGGACCACCUGCACAUGGAGGACACCACCAUCCUCCUGGCCCUCCUCCUUCUGGAGCGCCCCAAGGACCACCACCACCACCUCCUUCUGGAGCACCUGAAGGGCCACCACCACCACCUCCUUCAGAAAACACUGCCUAAAACCAGCCAUCCCAAUAAUCUAAAUUUCAGUGACAGAGUGAAUAAGAAGACAACAGUCUUUCAAGAAGCUCUGACACUGGAACAAUGUGAUCACAACUCUAACUUGGAUAUACCAAUUAAAUAAUCACUAUGCAAUUU